GUUAAAAAGCGGAAGCCGUCAGCAGCGUGAGCAGACGACAGAGGCACAUGGCGCAGGGUGGCGGUGGAGGCAGCAGCAAUGGAAGGCCAUACAGCACAGGCCUAUCACAAAAUGGAACCCACCAACAGUGUAAGGAGACCUGAAAGUGGCACAUGGCAGAGUCUGGCGAUGAAGUCAGCAGCAUUGGAGGCCGCCCGUAAUCUGCCAGCACCCUAUGACAAAAAUAGAAACCACCAGCAGUGUGAGGAGACCUGAAAGUGGCACAUGGCAGAGUGUGGCGAUGGAGACAGCAGCAAUGGGAGGCCGUACAGGGACCCAUGACACACUCUGGACCUGGCAGCAGCAUGA